AUGUUUGUGUACUAUGGCCCCUGUAUUCGGUGUGCAUUUAAACUGCAAGAAAAUUUAUUUCUUUGCUGAAAUGCUUGGGAUUGUAGUGUAACCAAUUUCUUAGAUUUACACAAACUGAAUCAAACGUCGAUGAAAUUUAUCUAUGCAGCAUGGAAGAAUCUAUGAAAUUCGAUAUAAAAGAGGUUAAGAUCGACCUUUUGCGCGCGAUAAAUGAAUGUUCUCAGCGGGGAUUAUUACAUACUGCGAAAUGGUUAGCGGAACUUAGUUAUUCUUUGAAAGACAUUAAACUAAACCUCCAUGAUAUUACCACUGAUCUGUAUUUAUCGGAUGUAAGCGAUGAAGAGGAUACGUACAUUCUGGCAAAAUGUUACUUUGAUUCGAAGGAAUACGAUAGAGCUGCUUAUUUCACAGAAGAUUGCAAAACUCCGAAGGUUAGGUUUCUACACUUAUACUCUCGGUAUUUGUCAGGGGAGACUAAGAAGAUACACGAUACAACAGUAGUACCUCCAGACCCUGUAAAAAAUGAUACACUAAAAUUAUUGUGUUCGGAUUUAAGAAGGGAUCAUAUAGCAGAUAAGCUGGAUGGCUUUGGCUUAUACCUUUUUGGCGUGACUCUAAAAAAAUUACAACUUACUCGAGAAGCUAUGGAUGUGUUCGUCGAAGCAACACAUAAGCAACCUAUGCACUGGGGAUCCUGGCUAGAAUUAGCUUCUUUAAUAACAGAUAGAGAAAAACUUGAAAAUCUGUGUGUACCUAAUCAUUGGAUGAAGCAUUUUUUUAUGGCUCACAUGUAUUUAGAACUACAAUUAAUUGACGAAGGCUUAGCUUUAUAUUGUGAAUUGCAGUCAAUGGGAUUUGAGAAAAAUGGUUAUGUGCGUGCUCAAACUGCAAUUGCAGUUCAUUAUAGAAGAGAUGUUGAUAAUGCUAUAGAGACAUUUAAGAGAAUAAUUAAGGAAGAUCCUUAUUGUUUAGACAAUAUGGAUACAUACUCGAAUCUAUUGUAUGUAAAGGAAAUGAGAGUUGAGCUGGCAAACUUGGCUCAUAGAGCAACAGAGAUAGACAAAUAUAGAUUAGAAACAUGUUGCAUAGUAGGAAAUUACUACAGUUUAAGAGGAGAUCAUCAAAAGGCAGUCAUGUAUUUCCACAGGGCAUUGAAAAUGAAUCCUCAGUAUCUGUCUGCCUGGACAUUACUUGGUCAUGAAUUUAUGGAGAUGAAGAACACCAAUGGUGCUAUUCAUAGUUAUCGACAAGCUAUUGAGGUAAAUAGGCGGGAUUAUAGGGCAUGGUAUGGUUUGGGUCAAACAUAUGAAAUUUUGAAAAUGCCAUUUUAUGCAAUCUACUAUUACAAACAAGCUCAACUGCUGAGACCUCAUGACAGUAGAAUGGUAUUAGCUUUAGGUGAAGCAUACGAGAAACAAGAUAAAAUACAGGAUGCUCUUAAAUGCUACUACAAAGCGUGCAGUGUUGGUGACAUUGAAGGAAUGGCGUUAUUAAAAUUAGCCACGUUGUACGAAAAAUUGAGCGAACACGAUAGCGCGGCAGCUGCUUAUACUGAUUUUGUAAUGGAUGAAACUAGAAAUGCGGAUAGAACCGAUUUAAGUCACGCAUACAAGUAUUUAACCCAGUACCAUUUAAAACGUGAACAGUUGGAUCAAGCCAAUCACUACGCUCAGAAAUGUUUACAAUUUGAUGAAACGAAAGAAGAAGCUAAAGCACUGCUGAGAACGAUUGCUCAAAAGAGAGUAAAAGUUGAAGAAACUUCGAUGGUGGUGGAAGAUAUGAACGAAACGGAUCCUGUUAUCGAACAAGGAGAACGAACGGAUACAACUCCAGGAAAUCAGUUAUCACCAAUGAAUUUGUCAUUUAUGCCUACACCAUAAACUAUGGUGAAGAAGAUACACGUCAGUUGUUAAAGUUGACGCUUUACAGGUUGUAUAUAUUUCUAAUACACACCAAUUUUACAUAGAUACAGAAAAAAAAUAUUAAAAAAUCACAUUAUUUUAUCGAUCCUUUCGCGUCAGUUAUUUAUUGCACAUUGGU